AAGCAUACGCAUAGGACGGACGCGAACGGACACCAUCCACCCUGGACGUCGGACGCAAGCGUACAGAGGGCAUCGACCGUUGGACGGCUGGCCGGGACGUCUCCCGAGGCAGCCGAUCGGCCCAAUCGCCGCGCUGCCCUGACCGCGCACGUGUUUCGAAGCGUGGUCCCGUGGUCGACCUAGCCUGGCCUUUUGCUCGCUUCCCGCCCGUCCACGUCAACCUCGCCGCGUUCUUCUUGCGUCUGUCGCUGAAUUCAAGUUCAACGCAUCCCAGUCAAGCUCAACGCACGACAAGCUCAGCACACCCGACCUCGACGUUCGACCGCCCUUCUUUCUCGACCAAGAUGUUCACCACGCUCAAGACCAUCUCCCUCGCCGCGCUCCUCGCCAGCGUCGCCCGCGCCUCGCCCUCCGCUAUCGAAGCCCGCGCCGACUCGGACUUUCGCGUCAUCGUGCCCGGCGGUGAUGAUUUGUGGUGGGUCGCCUCCUCCUCGAACAACAUCAUCUGGACGUGCGAGGACUCGCCGUACCAGUCGUUCAGCGUUUACCUGACCAACACGGACGUGAACGUGCUAUCGGGGCCGAUUGGGAUUAUCGCGACGCAGAACAACUACGACUGCUCGAAGACGAUCACGCAGCAGCAGGCGGCGCAGCCGGCGGGGAAGGGGUAUAAGAUCCUCCUCACCGACCCGCUCAACAUGACGAAUAUCUACGCCGCGAGCGAGGAGUUUGAGAUCAAGCCGCUGGGCAGUACCUAUCCCGAUGCGAGCGCGACGCCGGGGGUGGGGGCGGGGGGGAGUGGGACGGCCACCUCCUCCGGCGCCUCUGCCUCGUCGACGGCGGAGAACAACAGCAGUGACGACAAGAAUGGCGCUGCCUCCGUGGGGUACUCCCUGACGGGUGUGGUGGGCGCGGUUGUGGGUGCCGUGGCUGCAUUGCUUUGAGCGGUGGGUGGGCGUGGUGCCGAUCGGGGCACCUUUGCAGCUUGCGGGCUGUGCGCGCCUACCUGGGAAGGAGGGGGAGCGCAUCAAGAACAUUCAUCCUACGGCCGCGUACGGUCUCCUUCCACUCAUUCAUACUUGGCUCCCGUGGUGACUUCCUACCUACAUAUCAAACCUUUCUUCUCUUUCUUUCUGGGCAUCUUUUCACUCUCUUUCGGGUCGUUGGGUCGCGUCGGUUCUUUACUUCCGCCACUGAGGUGUCGGUCCCUCGCCUUCGCCGCUGUCCCGCGUGGGGAUGACUUCCUACGACGCGGCGGCAGCGACUUUCAUACCUACAAUUUGGGCCCCAGUUCUACCUUCAUUGGGUUCCUCUCCUACCCUUUACUCUU